GCAAGCACUCAGCAGAGAAAGGCGAAGGCCUGAAGCCCGAAGGUGAAAGAACGGCCACAGAACAGAACAACAGACGCAGCGCAGCACGCAGAGACGACCAUCUAUGUCUAAGUUUUCAUUUUAACAGUGAUGACAGGAUGGGUUAGUCUAAAUUUCAUGAAUAAUUUAUAUUAGUUUGCCCUUAGGUGAAUCGUGGAAAAUGAACAAUAACCGGAACCUUAACUUUAUUCUGAACAACCAAGUAGUUUAUGAGUGCACUGUUAGGUACGAUUGUCUGUGUUGAUUUCAAGAACUCAGGUUGUAUAUAUAUUCUUGUUAGAUGAGGGUAGGUUAUUAGCCUACUGCCAAUAAGUCAUAACAACAUAGCUAAGCGAACUUGUACAAUUAAGUAGAUAAUCAUUUGGAAACAAUGUUAGUAGUGUAAACAUGAAGCCGUUUCCCCCUGAUCAAGGACACGAUGACAUUGAAACCCACAAAGAUUCAGCUAGACAUUCUGAAAAAAUAUUUUGUGGUAGUUUGAAGGUUAAUCAGAAUAAUUGCCAGUGUUAUGCUAAGAAUAAUGGAAGCAGUGAUUGUCAGCAUAUUUCCGAAACAGAUAAUCUUAUAAGAUGUCCAAGGUUAAGAACUAAUUUCCAUUCCCUAAAAUCAGAUAAACAAAAGUUGAGCCCUGCACACUAUCUUCAAAAGGUGUUUCUAUCAAGCGUUACACAGAAAUUCCGAAGUCAAAGUUUGCCCAGUUGCAGUGAUAACAUAGGCCUAAAGGUAUCGGUAGGCCUGAAUAACACAAACGAAGAUAUUAGUGAACCAUCAACUCCAUUAGUUGAUGCUACUAGCAGCCUUGCUUAUAGGCCCUCAAGCAAUAUUGGCACCAAAGAAUGUGUUACAGAAAAUUGGUUUAAGACUUGGCCUGAGAGAAGUGGUGAUAAAACAACUAAUAUCAGUUUAGACAGCCAGUGUGAAAACAAAAAGUGUUUCCAAAUCGAUGAGGUAAACAUUGACAGACACGUAUAUCAUAAUAACAGUGGUGCUAUAGGGGAUAGGACAUGUGUUAAAACAUUUUGCAUUGACAUUAAAAGAAACUCUAAACUUAAUCAUUGUAUAGAUUGUCACUGUGAAAAUAACAUUGACAAUAAAUCAACUGGAUGCUCCAGUAAGACAGGCCAUUAUUUUGAGGGUGCUAUUUCAAACAAAAAUAAAAACGGGCCUACUUUAAAAACCGUCCGUCUAGAUGAACUACUUGAUAAAUUCCCUUUAGCCUAUAGUCCUUUAACAAAACAAUUGCUUUUAAUCAAACCUGAUACUCAAGCACUAAGUCAUUAUUCCUCUUUUCAUACAGAAGUAAAUGAAGUAUCAAAUUAUACAAAUAUUAAGGAAGGUGAAAAAGAAAUCUUGAAUCUGGAGGGAAAAGAGACUGAUAUAGAAGCACCAAGAGUGCUCAAAGAAUUUACUGGUAACUCAAAGGGUACAGAAUGUGAUCUAAUUACUCAAAAUCUACAUAGAGUAAAUACAGAAGCCAGUUCUUUCUCAAGUACUGUGUCAAGUUUAAGUGAUAUUUCUCCUUCGACAAUUGAAGACUCUGCUUCAGGAAGUUUACUAGAUCAUGGAGAUAGUUGUUCGUUAGUAUCAAUCAGUGGCUGUAGUGCCUUUUCUGAUGAUUCAUUAGGAGCAGAUAGUAAGAAGAAAAGUUUAGGUGGAUUUUUAAGCAGAAAUGUCUUCAACUGGAAGUCCAGUUCAAAAUCUCAAGACAGUUUUGGCCGGUGGAAACUGUUUGGCAAAAAUGUAUCUCCCAUUUCGUCUCAUAGCUCUCUCUCAGUGGAUCAAUAUGUGGAGUCAGAUGGAGGAAGCUUGGCUCCAGACUCUACCUGUAGUGGGUCUACUGCUAGACUGGAGACUAGGGUGGCUUCUAGCUCAGCCCUCAUACAGCUGGACAGGCCUGCCAACUUGCCUGCAAAGAGUGAGGAGGAACAGGCUCGCCACCGGGCACAGUACCAACAGAUACUACAGGCUGCUAAGAAGAAAGAAAUAAAGGAGGCUAAAUUGAGGAAGAAACAAAUCCAGCUACAACUGAAAGUUGAGGAGCAGCUAGCUCAGGCCAUCCGCACCUGGACUGUAGAAAUACUGCCUUGGUGGGAUAAGAUACACAGCAGUAAAAAAGCUCAAGAUCUGUGGUGGCAAGGGGUGCCUCCAUGUGUGCGGGGAAAGGUGUGGAAACUAGCAAUUGGCAACCAUCUCAAUCUCACACACUCACUUUACAACAUUUACGUCCAGAGAGCCCAAGAUAGGCUGCGUGGAGGAGGACCGAGUAGUGAGAACGACAAGGAAGCUAGCAUGGAGCUUAUACAGCUAGACAUCAGUCGUACGUUUCCUCACCUUUGUAUCUUCCAGCGAGGCGGUCCAUACUAUGACAUGCUGCACUGCUUGUUGGCUGCUUAUGUUUGUUACAGGCCUGAUGUUGGCUAUGUGCAGGGAAUGUCGUUCAUCGCAGCGGUGCUGAUACUCAACAUGGAGGCUGCUGACGCAUUUGUAUGCUUUGCUAAUUUGUUGGACCAACCCUGCCACCGCGCAUUCUUCCAUCUCAGUCAACCACACAUGCAAGCCUACUAUUCAACUUAUGACCACCUAUUCAGAGAAAAUCUUCCCGAGCUGUACAGUCACUUCACCAACACCACGUUGACCCCUGACCUGUAUCUGCUAGAUUGGAUAUACACAGUGUUUACCAAGACCAUGAACCUGGACCUGGCCUGCAGGGUGUGGGACGUGUUCCUACGUGAUGGUGACGAGUUCCUUUUCAGGACAGCUCUUGGUGUACUGCACCUGUGUCAAGAUAUACUUCUGCAGUUGGAUUUUGUACGAGGAUCUCAGUUCCUCACUCGGCUACCAGAUGAUCUUCCUGGGGAUCAGCUGUUCAAGAGCAUCGCCUGCAUUAGGAUGAUAACGGGCAAACUGACAUUUCAGGACAUUCUUUCCCUCCAUUCUCCUGACUUUGACAGCCAAGGAACGUGUCUUUCUUAGGAUAAAGUUAAACCUAAUUUUUUAUUAGAUGAUAUUGACAUUAUUUUAGAAAAUACAUAUAUUUUUAUAAAAUUAGUUUUAAUAGUAUGAAAUUAAUGUUAUUAUCUGAGAGAUGUUAUUUUAUGAUGAAUUUCUAGUUUCAUGAUUGUUAUAUAACAAAUUUUUUGAGCUUUAUAAUUAUUACAUUAUUACUAUCUUUAAGAAGGUAUAUUUGGCACAGAUUAAUUAGGUAACCAAUUUGGUUCUUUGAAAGUUUUUAAAUGUUUUAUAUUAUAGCAUUGACGAUAGGUAGAGCCAAACAUUCCAUCCCUAUUAUACCAGUCAAUGAAUGAGAUGUAGAGUGCAUGAGCAGGUAACUAAGCGAUCCCUUCAGAAACUUGUUCAGGGGGCUUAGGGUGUUAACAUACCAAAAGUCCUGAC